UCAGCAUCGUUAAACUAAUUUGCGGUCGCAUUAAAGAAACUUUUUUCAAAAAUUGAAUAAAAAAUGCUACAUCAGGGCAUUAUUUUACGUGAGGGGCAAGUGACAAAAACUAUCUAUAAUUUGAUUCGAGAUAAACGUUACGAAGAUGUUAUUGAAUGCAUUGUCAAUUUGGGAGAAGCAGCUAACACAAGAGCUGGUUUAUCUACCUUGGCUUACUGUUACUAUCAUGCUCAAAAGUAUGAAGAAGCUUCAACGUGUUAUGAGCAAUUGUGCACUUUAGUCCCGAAAGUUGCGAAUUACAAAUUUUACUACGCUCAGUCACUAUACCAGGCCGGUAUAUUUGGUGAUGCCUUAAAGGUUUUGAAACAAAUCGCUGACAACGACGAGUUGAAAGAGCAAUGUCUGCAACUGCAAAGUGCUAUUCUGUAUUCGAGUGAAGAUUUUGCUGGGGCUCAAAGUGUCUUAAAUCAACGUACCAUAGGUACAGCUGAUACGCUUAACGAUGAAGGUUGUCUCUUGUAUCAGGCCGAUCAAUACGAUAGCGCAGUUCAGCGUUUCAAUACUGCUCUGCAAGUGGGCGGUUUUAAUCCCUUGAUAGCCUAUAAUUUAGCUCUGUCUCAUUUUCGUAAAAAGGAGAAAACCCAAGCGAUCGACUAUACGGCUGAUAUUGUUGAGCGUGGCAUACGAAAUCAUCCGGAAUUGGGUAUUGGUGCGCAAAUCGAUACAGACGGUAGUGCUCGUAGUGUCGGAAAUCCCAUAACCAUGGCUCUAUCCGGAAUAACACAAGCUUUAAAUUUAAAAGCUGCGAUUGAAUAUUCCGAGAACAAUGUGGAGGCAGCACGUGAUGCUUUGCUUGACUUGCCGCCCAGAGCUGAAAGUGAAUUGGAUCCGGUUACAUUACAUAAUAUAGCUUUAACGGAUCCCCAAGGGACUGUAGCUGGUCUUCGAAAAUUAGCUUUUCUCUUGGAACUGGGCCCACCAGCGUGUCCUAGGGAAACUUUUGCUAAUCUACUCCUAAUAUGCUGUAAGCAUGAAAUGUACGAAAUGGCUGCCGAUAUCUUAGCUGAACAUACAGCCUUGACUUAUAAAUAUUUAUCGCAAUAUCUUUAUGAGUUAUUGGAUGCUUUAAUAACAGCUCAGGCUUCUGCCGAAUUGGCCGAGAAAAAAUUAGGAGUAUUAGCGUCGAGUUUAGCAGGAAAAUUGCGCAGCUUGGCAGCCAAAGUUCAAGAAGUACGCAGUACUACCGAUCAAAAUGCUUUACGAAAUGCUUUAAAAGAUUAUGAAAACGCUUUAGAAUUAUACUUACCUGUCGUUAUGGCAAGAGCUUGGAUUUCAUGGCGAGAUGAUGAUUUCGUGGGUGCCGAAAGGGAAUUCCGCUCUAGCGCUGAGUUUUGUUCGGAAAAUCCAAUUUGGCGUUUAAAUGCUGGUCAUGUACUUUUCAUGCAGGGCGAUAAAUACAAAGAGGCAUCAGCUUUCUAUGAACCCAUUAUUAGGCAGCAUGGAGAUGACAUUAUGUCAGUUUCGGCUGCGGUAUUGGCGAAUUUGUGUGUUUCUUACAUCAUGACUUUUCAGAAUGAAGAAGCUGAGGAGUUAAUGCGUCGCGUGGAGAAAGCCGAAGAGUUAAAGGGUAAUAUGGGUAAGCAAUAUCAUCACUUGUGUAUUGUAAAUCUGGUAGUGGGCACACUUUACUGCGCUAAAUCGAAUUAUGAAUUCGGUUUAUCACGCAUCGCUCACGCUUUGGAAGGUGGUUCGGGAGCUCGUCUAUAUGCCGAUACUUGGCUGCAUGUGAAACGCUGCAUCUUAAGUUUGCUCGCCGGCAUGGCUAAGCAAAAUGUCAUCCUACCAAAUCCAGCUAUACAAGAAGUUAUGAAUUUUCUUAAAUCAUGCGAAGUCAAUGGCCUUUUUACACCGGCUAAUGUGUACAGUGCUUCGGAAGAAGCACCCGCUGAGCCUUUAACUAUCGGUCUAGAAGCAAGAACAUUGCGAUUGCUUCUUAUCAAAUUAAGCGAAUAUGAAAACGAAUGAAAACAAUUUUAAGA